AGUACAGAGGAGAGAGAGAGAGAGCAAAAAGCUGUACCUGAAAGUGCAGCCACUCGUCACGGCACUUAAGUCAAAGAUAAUAAUGUCCUUAACCAUUUUGACAUCUGCUUACAGGCUGAGGUCCCUCUGCAGGCUGCAGCGAAUCCAGGGCCACAUGAUGUCGAGUCAGGUGGAUCCAGGGGUUCUUCUGGAGAAAGUGGGCAACGCAGGUGUGAUCACCAUGAACAGACCCAAAGUCCUGAAUGCUCUCAACCUGACCAUGAUCCGACAGAUCCACCCUCAGCUCAAGAAAUGGGAAGAUGACAAUGAGACUGAUAUUGUGAUCAUCAGAGGAGCAGGUGGAAAAGCCUUUUGUGCUGGUGGAGACAUCAGAGCGGUCACAGAAGCAGGAAAAGUUGGAGAUUCUCUGGCAGAGGUCUUCUUCCGUGAGGAAUACAUUCUCAACAACGCGAUUGGAACAUGCAGGAAACCCUACAUCGCCCUUAUUGACGGAAUAACAAUGGGAGGCGGUGUGGGUCUGUCAGUUCACGGACGGUUUCGAGUGGCCACUGAGAAGACGCUGUUCGCCAUGCCAGAGACGGCCAUUGGGCUUUUCCCCGAUGUGGGUGGUGGCCAUUUUCUGCCGAGGCUCCGGGGAAAGCUGGGACUAUUCCUGGCCUUGACGGGCUUCCGUCUUAAGGGACGAGACGUGCAGAGAGCUGGAGUCGCCACUCACUUUGUAGAGUCUAAGAAGAUCCCAGAGCUGGAGAAGGAGCUGGUGGGCUUGAAGUCUCCCUCUGCUGAAGACGUCUCCAGAGUGCUGGAUUCAUACCAGAACCAGAGCGGUCUAGAUUCUGAGAAGCCGUUCGUGUUGGACAAACACAUGUCUGACAUUGACAGGCUGUUCAGCUCCAGCAGUGUGGAGGGCGUCGUGCAGAACCUGAAGGCAGACGGCUCAGAGUUCUCCAACAAACAAGCCGAGAUACUGUCCAGGAUGUCUCCCACGUCCCUCAAAAUCACCCAUAAGCAGCUGGAGGCGGGUGCGACUCUGAGCCUGCAGGACGUGUUGGUGAUGGAGUACCGGCUGAGCCAGGCCUGCAUGAGGGGCUGCGACUUCUAUGAGGGCGUACGAGCCGUGCUGGUUGACAAGGACCAGAGUCCCAAGUGGAACCCUCCGACGCUGGAGGAGGUGUCUGAGCAGGCCGUGGACCAGUGCUUCUCCUCGCUGGGAGAGAAAGACCUGACGUUCUGAUGCUUCCCGCCUUCAGACUCCCACUGCUAAGCCUCCCCCACAUCCCUCAUGUGAUCAUGAGUCAUGUGAGAGGGACUGUAUUGCCGAGGAUGAAGAAAAGUCUGUUAUUUUAUGACGAGCACAUGCAUAGGUCACAUACUCAAUAGGUUGUCUCCAUACUGUUUAAAACUGUGAAGAAAAUCCAGGCUGCUCCUCUGCAGAAGAGAUAGCUAACAGAUGCUCUGUGUUUCACACAUGAAACAUGUUUAGUGUAAGCUGGCUCUGCAGUGGAAGUGGAGUGUUUUUUCUUUACAUAAGUUGUAGAGCAGUAACUCUCCCUUCUGCUGCAAGUGCAAGGACUCUGCCGCACAGCAGCAUUUACACGAGGACAUGAUCUCACCACUGAGUGCUUUAUUACAUUUCCUGUGGGUGUUUGUUGAUGUGACAUGGAUCGGUAUCAUCUGUACUCCUGCAGUGUGGUCCCUUCUUCUACUGCGGAUAAUCUAUUGGCUCUAUUUCUGUAGUUUCUUUUCUUCUUCUCUUUUUCCAUUAUUUUCCUUUUCACUAAUCUCUGUACUCUUUCAGAUGUAACAUAAAUAAAACAGGUUUUCUCUGACAUAUGCAAACAACUCUCUCUAGACAAGUGGCAGAUUUAGAAGUAUAUCAAUAUUUGUUCUCAAUGCAAUUAUUGUUACAUUGCAUUUUAGAGAUCAAAUGUGUCUGUGUGUCAUGGAGUGUGUUUUUUGUAAUUACCUUUGUCUGAUGGACACGUCGCCGUAUUUCAGUUGGUAUCAAAGCGCCUCGCUCAACAUUUGUUCUCAGUCGUUGCAUUAUUUAUGAGCCAGCCAGCCAGAUUGGGCCUCAAUGCUGGAACGGAGGGCAAUAAAGAGAGCUGCUAGCCUAACAGAAAAGGAUGUGUGGUCCUGGUGAGUGAAGAAACGGCUUGUGCUUCAAAGAACCACGUUUAUUGAGGUUCGUGAAUCUUUUUAUGACCUGCUUGUAAAGUGCUCUUGUGACACAGCGACAGUUCGUUAUCAGCGUGUGAGCGCAAAGCUGCCGCUCAGGUAUGAAGUCUGGAGAUUAAACAUUUAUUUUAGUUUUAGUGUUGGGUUAUAACCUGGUCCGUUUGACCUUCAGUGCAUAGUUUAUGUGACUGGCAUAACUGUCCAAAAAAGUUCAUUAGAGACCACGGUCUGUUACAAGUGAAUGACGGUUGUUCUACAGGCUCAUGAAUAACACGUGGAGCAGGUUUCAGAACAGUUUUUGAAUGAUUUGGAACACCUUUUACCUCAUGUCUGUUUGUCUACCUGCUUCACCUUCACCGUCUGACUCUGUUCUAUUCACCGAGCACCAGCAGCACUGCCGCAUGCUGAGGCUCUCUCAGUAAGCAGACAGGAUGACCUCCGCAUACUGUAGACAAUAAACAGAGUAUUUCUGUUACACGGAUAAAGUCCUCAUGCUUUUAGGCCACCGUUUGCUUUACAAACGAGCGCUGGCCAGCAGUCACUUGUAAAUCCUUUUGUUUGUUCUUCAUGCAGCUGAACAUUUAACCCGCUCUGUGUUCACUCUCAUACAGGAUGCAGGAUACGCGCCUCUCUCGUUUGACAGGUGUUUUAAAUACAUACUGUUGAGGCUGGUUAAUAAAGGCACCUGUGUGAGGUUGUUCUAAAGUCAUGGUUUAGAAAAUAACAAUGAAAUAUUUCAAAACUGAUACAAGGCAUAAAUCAGA